AUGUACGUACAAACCACGCAGCUUGAAUUCUGCCAAGGUUACACGGACAAGAAUGGCAUCUGGAACAACGGCUUCUACUGCCGCAAAUGGGGCAAGGAGGACGACAAAUAUUGCUGCGGCGAGGGCACGGCUCCGUACUGCUGCCCCGAACCCACGAAAACAACCUCACUACCUACGUCAUCAGCGUCUACCCCAUUCGCUUUUUUGUCGUCGUCGUCGUCGUCGCAUCAGCGCCAGCAGCAAUUUAUGAGACAUCUUGUAGGACCGACCUCUGCCGUUGCUAAUGACGAUUUUUUGUUUGAUGGUAGUGGCGAUUUGGUGGGCGGUCAUGCCAAUUCUCAUCAUCACCAGGACACUGGUCUGCAAAUCAGCCCUGGACAGGAUUUAUUUCCAGUGAUUGUGGGUGCUGGCGUCGGUGGGGCGCUGAUGUUGUUGAGUCUGCUGCUCGUCUGUCUCCUGUGUCCCUGCUGUCCGUGCUACGUCAGACGACAUCGGAAAAGGUCCAGUAAGCCCAUUGUGGGUAACCAAAGUCAGUAG